UUAAACACACUCCUCACUAUCAAUGGCUUCCUAUCUCUCACACCCAUCAACAACAAUCUUGAAACUAUCCCCCAAAAAACCUCAUUUCAAAACCUCAAUCCACCAAAUAUCUUUCACAUUCCUUCAAAACAAUCAAUCCCCCUUCAUUUCAAAACCAAUUUCGCCCUCACCCCAAUUCAUUUUUCACCUAAAAACUUGCUCUACAGGACCAAUUUCUUCAAUAUAUUCAUCAACAAAAACAAAUGAAAUCCUUGAAAAUCUUGAAAAGGAUGAAACUUUACCAUUGGUUCAAACCUCACCAGCCAAAUUCAUAUUCUGGGUAUUCUUAUGGGCUUCUGUUUCAGUAGCUUUGUUUGCAUUUUCACCUAGCGAGUCUAAAGCUCAACAAGCAAAAAUUGGUGUGAAAUCCAUUAAAGCUUCAAGCUUUGGGCUAAAGUUUGCAAAUUUUUUAAGAGGGUCAGGUUGGCCGGAUGAAGCUGUUGUGUUUGCUUUGGCUACACUGCCUGUGAUUGAGCUUCGUGGUGCUAUUCCUGUUGGUUAUUGGCUACAACUUAAGCCUCUUGUUCUAACUACUUUAUCUGUUCUUGGGAAUAUGGUUCCCGUGCCUUUCAUUAUACUCUACUUAAAACCACUAGCAACAUUCCUGGCUGGAACCAGCAAGUCAGCGUCUCGGUUCCUGGACCUACUAUUCAAGAAGGCAAAAAGUAAAGCAGGUCCCGUUGAAGAGUUCCAAUGGCUCGGUCUCAUGUUAUUUGUAGCAGUACCAUUCCCAGGCACUGGGGCAUGGACUGGAGCUUUCAUUGCUUCCAUUCUCGAUAUCCCAUUUUGGUCAGCUGUAUCUGCAAACUUUUGUGGAGUAGUGUUAGCCGGUCUUUUAGUCAACAUGUUGGUCAACAUCGGACUCAAGUAUGCCAUCGUCGCUUGUAUUGUAAUGUUCAUUGCAUCAGGGUUUAUGUGGAGCUUCCUUCGUGUUCUGAGAAAACGUUUUACCUCUUCAUGAUCGUGUUGAUUCUGAAUUGUACUGAUUUCUUAUUAAAUAAACGUGGCCCUAAUUUGAUUUUUUGAUUUCAUUGGAGUGUUCGAUGGUAAACAGUCGUUAUACUUAACGAUUCAUCAAUGCAUCUUGGUUAACUUUAAGGCUCA